CAGAUCAAAUGCACACACACACACACACACACCAGGACUGAGGGGAAGACAUGAGCAGCUUCUUCUCUCCAGAGGUUCCUCCACACAGAAGGUGAACGUGUCCGUAAACUGACCUGAGGUCAGUUCAGCAGGUGAGAAUCUGACCAGAGGAAUCUGGACAUGUUGGAUCAUCAGGAUCUUUCUCUCUUUAACUGGACGGUAGAAAUGGUUCCUGAUGCUGAUUGGCUGAUCAUUUAUUUUGCUUUCAGGUGUAAUAAUCCUCUCUCAUUUAUAUCUGAGCUAAAGGACAGUGAUUUGAUGAAGAUGUGCACGUCUUAUAAUAAAAUAAGUGCUAAAACCUUGAAGCAACUUGAGUUUGACUCAUGAAUGAAAUAUGCGUCUGAACCGGUUUGACAGCUUCUGUUGCAGUGUGUGUGUCCUGUGACGUGAGUGUUGUGCAGCAGGUGUGUGUGUGAAGGUGUGGACUCUGCUAUGCAUCAGUGGGAGGACAGAGAGGAGGGAGUCCCUCCCUCUAAAACCUCUCUGUGUGGGGAACAUGACAGCCAGACCAAAGCUCAGAGACCAGACUCACCUGGACCUGGACCGGCACCUGGACCUGGACCUGGACCGGGACCUGGACCCAGCUGUGUGUCCCUGAAGAGUGACCGGUCUAUGUUUACCCCGAUGACAUUUAAAGAUGGACUUCAGUCUGUUGAGCUAAGAGUUCAGCAACAGAGAUCCCAAGUGAUCCCAGGAGACCUGGACCCCAUAUUUAAGCUGCUUGAGAAGAACAUUGUCAGCUUUAUGAAGAGCGAGCUGAAGAAGAUGCAAAAGGCCCUAAAUCCAGAUUACCCAGAAGGCCCUGCGGGUCGGAAGGAAGAUGAGGAGGUGUUGGACGGUGAGGAUGAAGAGCAGAUGAGGAGCAGCAGGGAAGCAUUUCUGAAGAUCACACUAAACUUCUUGAGGAGAAUGGAGCAGGAGGAGCUGGCUGACUGUCUGCAGAGCAAAACUCGUGUGACUGCAGCCCAACAUGAACUCAAGUCUAACCUGAAGAAGAAGUUCCAGUGUGUGUCUGCAGCCCAACAUGAACUCAAGUCUAACCUGAAGAAGAAGUUCCAGUGUGUGUUUGAGGGGAUCCCUAAAGCAGGAAACCAAACCCUCCUGAACCAGAUCUACACAGAGCUCUACAUCACAGAGGGAGGGACUGCAGAGGUCAACGAGGAGCAUGAGGUCAGACAGAUUGAAACAGCAUCCAGGAAACCACACAGACCAGAAACACCCAUCAGACAAGAAGACCUCUUCAAAGCCUCGCCAGGAAGAGAGGAGCCAAUCAGAACAGUGAUGACGAAGGGAGUGGCUGGCGUUGGGAAAACAGUCCUAACACAGAAGUUCACUCUGGACUGGGCUGAAGACAAAGCCAACCAGGACAUCCACUUCCUGUUUCCAUUCACGUUCAGAGAGCUGAAUGUGCUGAAAGAGAAGAAGUUCAGCUUGGUGCAACUUAUCCAUCACUUCUUCACUGAAACCAAAGAAGCAGGAAUCUGCAGGUUUGAAGAGUUCCAGGUUGUGUUCAUCUUUGACGGUCUGGAUGAGUGUCGACUUCCUCUGGACUUCCUCAACAAUGAGGUCCUGACUGAUGUCACAGAGUCCACCUCAGUGCAUGUGCUGCUGACAAACCUCUUCAGGGGGAAACUGCUUCCCUCUGCUCGCCUCUGGAUAACCACAAGACCUGCAGCAGCCAAUCAGAUCCCUCCUGACUGUGUUGGCUUGGUGACAGAGGUCAGAGGGUUCACUGACCCCCAGAAGGAGGACUACUUCAGGAAGAGGUUCAGGGAUGAGGAGCAGGCCAGCAGGAUCAUCUCCCACAUCAAGACCUCCCGAAGCCUCCACAUCAUGUGCCACAUCCCAGUCUUCUGCUGGAUCACUGCUACAGUUCUGGAGGACGUGUUGAAGACCACAGAGGGAGGAAAGCUGCCCAAUACCAUGACUGAGAUGUACAUCCACUUCCUGGUGGUUCAGUCCAAAGUGAAGAUGGUCAAGUUUGAUGGAGGAGCUGCAACGGAUCCACACUGGAGUCCAGAGAGCAGGAAGAUGACUGAGUCUCUGGGAAGACUGGCUUUUGAUCAGCUGCAGAAAGGGAACCUGAUCUUCUAUGAAUGCGACCUGACCGAGUGUGGCAUCGACAUCAGAGCAGCCUCAGUGUACUCAGGAGUGUUCACACAGAUCUUUAGAGAGGAGAGAGGACUGUACCAGGACCAGGUGUUCUGCUUCGUCCAUCUGAGUGUUCAGGAGUUUCUGGCUGCUCUUCAUGUCCAUCUGACCUUCAGCAACUCUGGUGUCAACCUGAUGGCAGAAAAACAACUAAGAGCUGAAGGCCUUGGUCGGCCUAAAGUAUUGAGAUCUAGACUAAGGAAUCUCUACCAGAGUGCUGUGGACAAGGCCUCACAGAGUCCAAAUGGACACCUGGACUUGUUCCUCCGCUUCCUCCUGGGUCUUUCCCUGGAGACCAAUCAGAGUCUUCUGCAAGGUCUGCUGACACAGACAGGAAGUAGCUCACAGGCCAAUCAGGAAACAGUCCAGUACAUCAAGAAGAAGAUCAGUGAGGAUGGUUCUCCAGAGAAAAGCAUCAAUCUGUUCCACUGUCUGAAUGAACUGAACGAUGGUUCUCUGGUGGAGGAGAUCCAACAGGCCCUGAGAUCAGGACGUCUCUCCACAGAUGAACUGUCUCCUGCUCAGUGGUCAGCUCUGGUCUUCAUCUUACUGUCAUCAGAAGAAGAUCUGGAGGUGUUUGACCUGAAGAAAUACUCUGCUUCAGAGGAGGCUCUUCUGAGGCUGAUGCCGGUGGUCAAAGCCUCCAACAAAGCUCUGCUGAAGGGCUGUAAACUCUCAGAGAGAAGCUGUGGAGCUCUGUCCUCAGUCCUCAGCUCCCAGUGCUCCAGUCUGAGAGAACUGGACCUGAGUAACAACAGGCUGCAGGACUCAGGAGUGAAGCUCCUCUCUGCUGGACUGGAGAGUCCACGUUGUAGACUGGAGACUCUGAGACUGUCAGGCUGUGAGAUCACAGAGGAAGGCUGUUCUUCUCUGGGAUCAGCUCUGAAGUCAAACCCCUCCAGUCUCAGAGAACUGGAUCUGAGAGGAAACCAGCUGCAGGAUUCAGGAGUGAAGCUGCUGACUGGUUUUCUGGAGAGUCCACGUUGUAGCCUGGAGACUCUGAGACUGUCACGCUGUGAGAUCACAGAGGAAGGCUGUUCUUCUCUGGGAUCAGCUCUGAAGUCAAACCCCUCCAGUCUCAGAGAACUGCAUCUGAGUGGAAACCAGCUGCAGGAUUCAGGAGUGAAGCUGCUGACUGGUUUUCUGGAGAGUCCACGUUGUAGCCUGGAGACUCUGAGACUGUUCAGCUGUGGGAUCACAGAGGAAGGCUGUUCUUCUCUGGGAUCAGCUCUGAAGUCAAACCCCUCCAGUCUCAGAGAACUGGAUCUGAGAGGAAACCAGCUGCAGGAUUCAGGAGUGAAGCUGCUGACUGGUUUUCUGGAGAGUCCACGUUGUAGCCUGGAGACUCUGAGUCUGUUAGGCUGUUGGAUCACAGAGGAAGGCUGUUCUUCUCUGGGAUCAGCUCUGAAGUCAAACCCCUCCAGUCUCAGAGAACUGGAUCUGAGUGAAAACCAGCUGCAGGAUUCAGGAGUGAAGCUGCUGACUGGUUUUCUGGAGAGUCCACGUUGUAGCCUGGAGACUCUGAGUCUGGCACGCUGUGGGAUCACAGAGGAAGGCUGUUCUUCUCUGGGAUCAGCUCUGAAGUCAAACCCCUCCAGUCUCAGAGAACUGGAUCUGAGCUGGAACCAUCUGCAGGAUUCAGGAGUGAAGCUGCUGACUGGUUUUCUGGAGAGUCCACAUUGUAGACUGGAGACUCUGAGUCUGUCAGGCUGUUGGAUCACAGAGGAAGGCUGUUCUUCUCUGGGAUCAGCUCUGAAGUCAAACCCCUCCAGUCUCAGAGAACUGGAUCUGAGAGGAAACCCGCUGCAGGAUUCAGGAGUGAAGCUGCUGACUGGUUUUCUGGAGAGUCCACGUUGUAGCCUGGAGACUCUGAGACUGUCAGACUGUUGGAUCACAGAGGAAGGCUGUUCUUCUCUGGGAUCAGCUCUGAAGUCAAACCCCUCCAGUCUCAGAGAACUGGAUCUGAGCUCCAACCAGCUGCAGGAUUCAGGAGUGAAGCUGCUGACUGGUUUUCUGGAGAGUCCACUUUGUAGACUGGAGACUCUGAGUCUGUCACGCUGUGGGAUCACAGAGGAAGGCUGUUCUUCUCUGGGAUCAGCUCUGAAGUCAAACCCCAGUCUCAGAGAACUGGAUCUGAGAAACCAGCUGCAGGAUUCAGGAGUGAAGCUGCUGACUGGUUUUCUGGAGAGUCCACGUUGUAGCCUGGAGACUCUGAGACUGUCAUGCUGUGGGAUCUCAGAGGAAGGCUGUUCUUCUCUGGGAUCAGCUCUGAAGUCAAACCCCUCCAGUCUCAGAGAACUGGAUCUGAGUGGAAACCAGCUGCAGGAUUCAAGAGUGAAGCUGCUGACUGGUUUUCUGGAGAGUCCACGUUGUAGCCUGGAGACUCUGAGACUGUCAGACUGUGAGAUCACAGAGGAAGGCUGUUCUUCUCUGGGAUCAGCUCUGAAGUCAAACCCCUCCAGUCUCAGAGAACUGGAUCUGAGCUCCAACCAGCUGCAGGAUUCAGGAGUGAAGCUGCUGACUGGUUUUCUGGAGAGUCCACGUUGUAGACUGAAGACUCUGAGACUGUCAGACUGUGAGAUCACAGAGGAAGGCUGUUCUUCUCUGGGAUCAGCUCUGAAGUCAAACCCCUCCAGUCUCAGAGAACUGGAUCUGAGCUGGAACGAGCUGCAGGAUUCAGGAGUGAAGCUGCUGACUGGUUUUCUGGAGAGUCCACAUUAUAGACUGGAGACUCUGAGAUGGAAGUGAUCAGCUGAGUGCUGAUGAUCCAGAGAGCAUCUGGAGACGGGCAGUGCUCCACCCCCCCCCCUGGAUUAGAUGUAGUCUACACACAGCAGAACACCUUCAAGACCAAAGUCUGACCCCUCUCCCGUCUACAGACAUUGGCUCUGCAAAAAGGGAAGAAACCUUCAGGAGAGCAACAGAGCAACAGAACAAUAGACGUCAUGUGUACAGAAGGAAUCAUUACACACAAAUUAAAACACAAUCAAUGAGUAUGA